CGCACCAAGGAUCGAUGGUAUACACCGUACGGGGAAUGCGUGCAACUUUCCUUUGAUUCGUCGAAUUGAGCGAGUUAAAUUUAUGGGUUAGCGCCAAUGGCUGCAAUUCUUUAUUGUGUCAUAUUCCUUGGGUUUCUUCCUUUUGAAAAUACUCGGAAGUAAAAAAGCCAUUCGACCUCGUUCCCUUUGUUUGACCGAGAGUCCCUUAUUCGCCUUUUCUUUUCUUGGGAACCCUAGUGCUCGAUCACCUACCAAAAGUUUCACAUGCUACUCGCUGGACGAGUCACGCGGGACUGUUGUGUGCACGACCAAUGCCCCAAAAGUAUGUAUAUGUGUGUGGAAACGUUCCGGUACUUCCUCUACUUAUACUUUAUAAGUACUGGAAUGAGAAAAGAAAAGAAAAAAGCAAUUUAAAGUGGAAUCGGAACCAAGAAAAAUUGUAAUAAUAAGUCGCCCAAUUGGAUUCGAUGGCACGAAGAACUUGCUGACCUUAUUUCGCAUUUCAAGUUAUGACAUUUCUCAAUGAGUUGAUCCCUGUUGAUGGAGCAGAAAUUGGAGACCGUACAAACUUUGGGUCGAUCAAAGGGUUAAAAAGUUGGGUUUUUCUUUUGAAUUGGAAGUUGGCCCGCGCAUAUCCGUCUUUGUUCGUGAUCCAUCUGAACUAUGGAUGGGUUAAGACAUACGCAAGAAAAAGAAAAGUAAUGCACCUAUUGUACAUACGUGAAGAGAGCUGGAAGGGCGGCGCAACUCCGCCGCGUCGGCCAACCUCCCUGCUGUAGCAGCCUAUGUCCGGUUACGUUAACGUUCCUAACUCUGCGCUCUAUCGUGCCAUCCUCGUGAAACGGAAAUAAGAACUGAGCGACUAACUUCCCUACCUGACAGUCGGUAGUUUGCUUACCAACAAACUCAGGUGUGGUGUGUGUUCCCCAAAGAAAUCAAUUCCAAACGCGUGUAGGUCUAUUAGAUGGUUGGAUUAAGUGAUGUAAAUAAGGCGGAAGCGGGAAGCAACAUCCGGAACCGAACGAGCCGACUGAACCGUUCGUCGGAAGCCAUGAAAUCAGCCAAAGAGAACGGAGGCUACGAUUCGAGCGGAGGUGGUGGUCCGACGAAUCACAUCAAGAGGGGAACUGCGACGGUGCACGAAUUGCAAGACCAGCACGUCGUCAGUAUGGAGGAAUCGCUUCUGCCGAAUAACCGUUGCGUCGAGCAGCUCAUGCUGGAAGACAGCAGCAGCAGCACGCAGAGCAACCCGGUCGAUCCUUACGAGAUGAUGAUCCAACAGCAGCCCCCGCCGCAUCGCACACCGCGGCAGCAUCAGACGUUGCAUCAAAAGCCUCCACAUCACGUGGUGCCUAUUACACAUACCAACCGCAAACUGGAAGAAAGUAAAGAGACCUCCUCGCCGAAGCGAUGGGGAAAGAAUAUUGAAGAGAGCAUCAGCGGCAUUCUCAAAAGACUGGAUCAAUUGGCCGCCGAUCAUGAGCAGCAUGGAGAUGUAGGCAAGAAGAAUGCUUUGAUUGCACCCCAAGUACGAGCUGGACAAAUCACGACUCACAAGGAUCUGACCAGCGAACGACUGCAAAACACUAAAGAAAAAGACCGGAUGGCCAAGCGGAUUGAAGAACUGGAAAAGAUAGUUGAACGAUUGACAAAUGAGAAUCGACAGUGGAAAACACGUCUAGAAGACGUGAUGGUUGAAAAUCGACAUUUGCAGCUGGUCAAGUAUCCAGCUGAUGAACUCAAAUCUCGCUCGUCGGUUCUCCUGGCUGACAUUAAGGGACGCCCUUCCGUCGUCCUAGCAGAUCAAACGGGUAAACGAAACGAUGCAGCGUGGAUGUCACUGUGGAAUGUUUUACCUCACGUUGGAGUUCCCAACGGUAUCGAAGCGAACAGCUUCCAGCCAUCGCAUCCGGAAAUAUUACUCCGUUGUUUGCAAAUUAAUUUACAGCACAAGAAGAAAGCCAUGGAGAGGACCAAGCGCUUGCUAGUGGAUCGCAAUAUAGACAUUGCUCUGAUUCAGGAGCCAUAUGCUCUUGGAACUGGCGCUCCUGAGAUGUAUGGCGUCCCGCCCGGUUACACUGCCUAUCACAAUUUAACGGAGCAUCAUACAUCUGGGGCGGCCGUCAUCGCCAAAAACACGCUGCGAGCCAAAAUGUGCAGUUACAGUCGUAACGAUAUCGCCGGGAUUCAAUUGAGAUCGGGCAAUAAAACAUACCACUUUUACUCGGUGUUCUGCCGACCAAGUUCGUUGAAUCUCAGCUCGACGUUGCUGCCGCUUCUGGACCAAGCGCCUCCCACUUUGGUUAUCGGGAUGGAUGCCAGCGCCAAGCACCCGAAAUGGAACAACGGAAUGGUCUAUCGAAAGAUUGAUCAACGCGGACGAGAACUGGAACGAUUGUUGGAUCAAUACGACAUGCAUCUAGCCAGUCCGCCGCUUUACAAACUGAAAUACAUACCGGAAAAUUAUACAUUCAUCGAUGUCACACUAGGCGGAGAAAACAUUCAGUUUCACGACUGGAAAUUUUGGGAAGACUCUCUGUCAGAUCACCCCUACGUUUUCUUUCAGGUCGAGUAAAAAUGAAUCCAUUCAAGCAUUCAGAGUCGUUUAUGCACAUACCUUUUCCACCAUUGAAUCAAGUUUGAAAAUAACACAAUAUAUAUUAUUGAUGUGUAGCAAACUGGUAGCUUGUCAUCGGAUCUCUAAAACUUGGUUUUGACCUAAAUUCAACUUUAGAUUGAAAAAGUAAGCAUUUCCUCCUUUUUCCCUUUUCCGCAGCAGCACAACGCCCUUCUAGUAAAAAUCGAGAUAACGGAUGUUCAUUAAUAUUGUCAUGGGUUGUUUUCAUGUUCAAUUGCGAUGUAAGGCUAAACUUUUACAUCGUGUUCCAUAAUCGAUGUAAAUAUGUUGUGAAUACACGUUUUGGCA